AUGGACAUGGAGGACAUGGAGGACUUGAAGGAGCAGGGCGCGCAGAGCGAGCCUCUCGUAUCAACGACUGGUUCCUUCUAUGAUACUUUGAAACGCCGGAGUAUAAGGAAUGACGAUGAAGCAGUGGUGGACCAUGGAGGGACAAGAUCACAGCAAGGGACCAACUUUGAGCAGGAGGACGUGGAUGGACACAGGACUCUUUACAUUGGCGUGCACGUUCCCCUGGGCAGUACGCGGCAGAGAAGUCACCGAAGACACCGACACCACAGCAGCAGGCACCACAAGAGACGCAGCAUGGAGCGUGCACCCACCCUGGUCGAGGGUAGCGAGUCUCCUGUUUAUGACACACCAUCACAGAGAGUCCAGUUUCUGCUGGGGGUGGAGGAUGAGGACGAGGAGCACACACCACAUGAUCUGUUCACAGAGAUGGAUGAGAUCUGUGUGAAGGACGGGGACGAUGGCGACUGGAGAGAGAGUGCCCGGUGGCUGAAAUUUGAGGAGGACGUGGAGGAUGGAGGGGAGCGCUGGAGUAAGCCCUACGUGGCCACGCUGUCCUUGCACAGUCUGUUUGAGCUGCGCAGCUGCAUCAUCAAUGGCACCGUGCUGCUGGACAUGAGGGCCAACACCAUCGAGGAGAUCGCAGAUAUGGUUUUGGACCACCAGGAUCUGUAUUCUCCGUUGGGAAACGAGGUGCGCCUCAGAGUGAGAGAGACCCUCCUGAAGCAGCAUCACCAUCAGAAGCAGAAGACUCUGGCCAACAGACUGCCCAUUGUGCGUUCCUUCGCAGACAUGGGCCGACGCGCCUCUGAGCACCAACUCGACAAGAACGGUCAGUUGAAUGCAUCGCAGUGCCACUUAGCAGCGCUUGAUGGAAAAGGUGAUGUGAGCCGAGAAGGCAGCUGCCUGGACCUGAGCAAGAUCCACUUCAUGAAAAAGAUUCCAGUUGGAGCAGAGGCCUGUAACGUGCUUGUGGGGGAGCUGGACUUUCUGAAUAAACCAGUGGUGGCAUUUGUGCGGUUGUGCCCUGCAGUUCUUCUGGUGGGAAUGACAGAAGUCCCUAUUGCCACAAGAUUUAUAUUCAUUCUGUUGGGUCCCAUUGCAAGAGGACCUCAAUAUCGAGAGAUUGGAAGGUCUAUUGGAACACUCAUGACCGAUGAGGUCUUCAGUGAUGUUGCGUAUAAAGCUAAGGACCGCAAUGAUCUCAUUGCUGGGAUUGACGAGUUCCUGGACCAGGUGACGGUGCUGCCUCCGGGGGAAUGGGACCCUUCCAUUCGAAUUGAGCCUCCAAAGAAUGUACCUUCUCAGGAAAAGAGAAAGAAAAACAAUUUAUUGGCAAAUGGACUGGCAGAGGGAGAGGAAGAGCCAGACAACGGCCAUGCAUGUCCUGAACUGCAGCGGACUGGCAGGUGGUUCGGUGGUGUGAUCCUGGACGUUAAACGGAAGAUCCCUCACUACCUGUCGGACUACACAGAUGCUUUCAGUCUGCAGUGCGUGGCCUCCUUCCUGUUCCUGUACUGUGCCUGCAUGUCGCCCGUCAUCACCUUUGGGGGUUUAUUGGGUGAAGCUACAGAAGGACGCAUAAGUGCCAUUGAGUCACUGUUCGGAGCCUCUCUCACUGGAAUCGCCUACUCACUGUUUGCGGGGCAGCCCCUCACUAUCCUGGGCAGCACAGGGCCAGUGCUCGUCUUUGAGAAGAUACUGUUCAAGUUCUGCAAAGAUUACGGCUUGUCCUAUCUGUCCUUGAGAACGUGCAUCGGCCUGUGGACCGCCUUUCUCUGCAUCCUCCUGGUUGCCACGGACGCCAGCUCGCUCGUCCGCUACAUCACCAGAUUCACAGAGGAGGCCUUUGCGUCCCUCAUCUGCAUCAUCUUCAUCUACGAAGCGCUGGAGAAGCUUUUCCACCUCGGAGACCACUAUCCCUUCAACAAGAACAACAACCUGGACAAGCUCACCACAUACGCAUGUUCCUGUGUCGAGCCGACUGACCCCUCCAAUGGGACCCUCAAGUAUUGGCAGAUCAACAACAUCACACCCACAGAAAUCUACUGGGAGGCGCUGGAUGUCAAGGGCUGCAUGAAACUUCGGGGAGAGUUUGUGGGCAGCGCCUGUGGACCCCACGGCCCCUAUGUCCCAGACGUGCUUUUCUGGUGCGUGGUCCUCUUCUUCUCCACUGUCCUCAUGUCAUCAUUCCUCAAAGAGUUCAAAUUCAGAAACUACUUUCCCACAAAGGUGAGAGCAAUCAUCAGUGAUUUCGCUGUGUUCAUCACCAUCAUGACCAUGGUGCUGAUUGACUACGCACUGGGGAUUCCCUCCCCUAAACUCAAAGUUCCAAGUGUGUUCAAGCCCACCAGAGAUGACCGGGGCUGGUUCAUAAACCCCAUUGGUCCAAACCCCUGGUGGACAGCAUUGGUCACUCUGAUCCCUGCUCUGCUCUGCACCAUCCUCAUCUUCAUGGACCAGCAGAUCACCGCCGUCAUCAUUAACCGGAAAGAGCACAAACUCAAGAAAGGCGGCGGGUACCACCUGGACCUGCUGAUGGUGGGCAUCAUGCUGGGGGUAUGCUCUCUCAUGGGGCUGCCCUGGUUUGUGGCAGCCACGGUCCUCUCCAUCUCCCACGUCAACAGUCUGAAGCUGGAGUCGGAGUGUUCGGCCCCUGGGGAGCAGCCUAAGUUCCUGGGCAUCAGAGAGCAGCGCGUCACUGGCCUCAUGAUCUUUGUGCUCAUGGGCUGCUCCGUUUUCAUGACUUCUGCUUUAAAGUUCAUCCCCAUGCCAGUGCUGUAUGGCGUCUUCCUCUACAUGGGGGCGUCCUCCCUCAGAGGCAUCCAGUUUUUCGACCGCCUGACUCUGUUUGGGAUGCCGGCCAAGCACCAGCCGGACUUUGUUUAUCUGAGACACGUGCCCUUGAGAAAAGUGCACCUCUUCACCAUCAUCCAGCUGACCUGCCUGGCUCUGCUGUGGAUCAUCAAGACGUCUCGGGCCGCCAUCGUCUUUCCCAUGAUGGUUUUGGCAUUGGUGUUUAUCAGGAAGUUGAUGGACUGUAUCUUCAGUAAGAGAGAGCUGAGCUGGUUGGACGACCUCAUGCCAGAAAGCAAGAAAAAAAAACUGGAAGAUGCUGAAGAGGAGGAAGAGGAGCAGAGCAUUAUUAUGGCAGAGGAAGAUGGAGUGGUUCAAGUUCCUUUAGAUGGCUACAAAGGGAUACCCCACAUGGAAGAGCUAGAGAUGUGUAUGUCACAAUAUUUUUGCUCCUGUGUGAGAGAACGAGCCACUCCUGGAUUUGUUCUCGCCCCGAGUGGAAAAGUCUGGACGCCCCUGUUUGUCUCCAUAAACUCUGAGCGAGGCAUCACGUCCCAGAGCAUGUCACCGCACGGGCCCUGCUGA